UCGUUUACUAAAAGAUUUGCAAUUAUUAUUCUGCGGAGAAAGUGUUUCAAUAAUGAACAUUCUACGGAAUGUUAUAGUUCGGGCCCGCAUCCCCCAUAGGGCUUUUAGUGUUAGCAGCAACUAUUCGCGAAGUUUGUUACAGCAAAGCCGGCAUGAGAGUAAUCCCCGCAAUGUUCAGCCGUCGUUGAUUUCACUGAGCAGUGAGAGUCACCGGUUUUACGGGACUCGGGCUAAACCAGCAAAGCAAGGGAAAACCACACCGGCGAUGGUGGAUGAAAUGCGCAGAGGUGCUGCGCAGCACCGGCGGGUACAGCUGGAGCGACUGAAUCAGAUCCUAGCGAAACCGGAAGCCAUCACGGCCGAUGCGUACGACUUUCUGCUGAGCUGCUGCGGCCGGCUGCUGAUGGAGCAACCGGCCGACGUGCGGAUGCGCCUGUUCCGGUCGAUUUGGUUUAUGGCCGGCGGUGAUGCAGCCGGCAGCCAGCUAGGCCGGUGGAAAGUGCUGCUGCAGGUGCACCGGGACAACGGGGUCGGGCUGGAUGGCGACGAUGUCGAUGUCGGUCGGUUCGUCGGUAGGGUUAAGAUGAGUAAGGAUGAGGAGUUCUUCGAGCUGCUGCUGGGGGCGGUGGCCGAACGGGGGGAUACUUCGGCGAUGGUGGAUGUGAUAGAGGAAGCGCGCAGGCAUGGUUUCGGUGCGAGUGGUAAGUUUGUUAGCCUUCUGAUUCGUGGGUAUUUUAAAGCUGGAGAUGCGUCUGCUGCGCAGACGGUUUUCGACGAAAUCACGGAUAAGAUCCUUAAACGGGAUGCUGAUAUUUGGGGAGAACUACUGAUUGGAAGGAUAGCAAACGAACGGGUGGAGGAAGCCACUGAAUUAAUCAAGGAGUAUGAAGCUAUUUUGAAAGAAACUCACAUUUUAGAAGCCAUCAAAGAAGCGCUGUUGGUAAAGCAAAAAGAUAUUGUUACUCUAUUAAUGGAUCUAUUACCGAGGCAUGUUCUAAAUGCCACAACAAUAGAUCCUAUUUUAAGAAACAUUUGCUCUGAACUUCUGUGUCUUAAGCGGUUUGCCGCAAUAAAAACGUUGAUAAAUUUGCUUCCCGUUCCGAAGUUCAAACCUGGUGAUAAUUACGACAUCUACGGAACGUCACUAAUCUUUGAAAUGAUUAAAACUAAGGCACCCUUCGAAGAGAUUGUUGGCUUUGUGGAGUUUCUCGUUAAGACCAACCGGAAUACGCGAGCUUUGCACGUGGCUUGUGACUGUGCUACCAGACAGUGGAUAGAAUCGCUGCCGAAGUUCUUGAAUCUUCUACGGCAGCAGGAGGACUUGAGACCUCACUACUUUUGGCCGCUAAUUGUUCAGAACUUUGACAGACAGGGCGAGUCUGGAGUGCUGGACGUUUUGAAAAUGAUGCACAGCUUGGAUACGAUACCGGACGAGGAAACACUUUCGGUGUUUGUUCUUCCGAAGCUGUCGAUCUCGCUGAAGGACAUCCGAUUAGCCUUCAAACAGUUCGAAGAUCGUGGCGUCAAGUCGGCUGCACUAAUGUCUCCGCUGGUAACGCAUCUGCUGUACCAGAGCCGGUUCGAUGAUGUUUCCAAAAUAAUUAAGCUCUACCCGACAAAGGUGAACACGCAAACUAUGGUCUAUCCGCUGGUUUUGCAAGCUCAGCUCGGCAAGCAAGCCGACCAUCUUCGUCGUCUGGCAAGAGUGAUGCGUUCCUUAACAGACAAAGCUCAAAGUGCGAACCACGACCUGGCGGGACAAGUUCUGAUGGAGAUAAUCAGCAACAAAAACAACAAAUACGAUGCCAGUUUUUUGAAGAACUUUUUAGAGGAAUGUGAAAGAGCCAACCUACGGAUAAGUCGAAUGAGUGCCAACGUACUAAAAAACCAUCUGGCUAAGACCAAAACGGGGAGCGCAGAAUUGGAAAGGUUGCUGAAUUCUUUAGUUGAUGAAAAACUUGGACUUUCGUCUCGUGAACUGUCGGAAUCGAUUCUGGUUCAUCCCAGAGACAUGAACUACGAAGAGCUGGAGUGCCAUCUAACAGAACUGGAAGAGAAGCGAAUGAAUGCGCGGGGAGUUCUGCGUCGUUUGCUGCAACUGUGUAUUCGCGAGAACCGGCUCAAACGGGCGGUUGAACUUAAGCGCAAGUGCGACGAAGCGGGGGUUGAUCUGAGCUCCGGCAUGAUGGCUUCUUUGCUCGAACUGAACGUUAAGUUGAAAAAUGUCGGCGAAGCCGGCCGAACUUUGGAGCAAAUAAAACAAGCUUUCCCUGGAUUCACGCUGGAUGAGCACAAAAUCGUAGAUUUUGCUGCACUUUUAGUUGAAAGUGGCUUCCCGGAAAAGGCACGAAGCGUGCUAAAAGAUCGUGCAACGUCCGGUACGGUGCGUUCAGGAAACGCCAAUAAAAACAUCUGGAAUCUACUGAACAACACCGCACAGUACGCUGCAAGUAAAGAUCCACAGUCGGAACGCAACCAAAGCUCGGAAAUGUUGCAAUUCCUAGUCGAUCUAGGUUACUGUGGCUACGAAAAUGCCCUACUAGGUCCAAUCAUCCGAGAACACUUGCUUAAAAAUCAAACUUUAAAAGCCGUAAACGAAUACCAACGGAUCGUCGCCGAACACCGGCGAACGCCCCUGCAGCUGGAGGUGUUCACCAGCCUGGUCCGACUGACGAACGCCAACGACGCGGAAAUACCACCGGAAGCGGCCAAAGCGCUGCUCGCGGACGUGAUCCGACUCGGUUCGGCCAUCCACGGAGCGGUAAACACUAACAACACGCUGCUGGUGGCGUUGGCCGAUGCCGGCACGGAAGCCCAACUGCGCCGAAUACUGAUCAAUCCGGAGACGCGCAUCAAUCAGGAGUACAUUAUGACGCAGUGUGAGUUCCUGGUUAACGCCGGCAAGCUGGACGUCGUGCUGCGGCUGGCCAAGUGUUGCCGGGGGCUGGUCAGCAUGCGUGAGGCGGACUUUUUGUCGCUUAUCCUGAAGCAGUACGUGCGGGACAACGAUUGCGAGGCGGCGGUUGAGCUGUUCAACCGGCUGCAAGCCGAGGAUGACGAGAUGAAGAUAACCGGUGAUUUUGCUAAGAAGCUGAUUGACUUGCUUGAGGUUAACAACUACGAUGUGCCCGACGGGAUUCGAAUAUAUGCCAAGUGAAUGGGUAACCGUUGGUUGGCUGGCAAUAAAAGUGUUGAAUGAAGGUACGAUACAGGGGAACUAAUACUGUCAGAACUUGAAAUAAGAAAGCCAAACGCAUGCCGCGGAACAUCACUGUCGCUUC